AUGUCUUUCCUUACCCGCGUCCGCUCAUCAAUGAAACCUCGUGUGGUUCUUCGACCAGCCUACAUCACCACUAUCUCUCCCUUCCAUACGUGCUCCGUUCGUCAGACACUCAAAGAAUCAGACCAUAACCGCGAAGACCUGGCCAAUAUCUACGAGAGGGAGAAGCAAGAACAAUUGAAGCACAGCAAGGAAGGAAAAGCCAAGUGGAAGCAGGAACUCGCUAGCAACAGUGAAGCUUCGGUCAAGGCAGACCGUGGCGAUCUGGACGAUGGGAAUGACUUUGCAAAUAUGCAGAAACAGACGAAGGACUUGCUUAAUAAAAAUGGAAAGAAGUCUCAAUAG